AUGGGGCUGGCCGAUUACGCCGACGGCCUGCCGGGGGCGCAAAAGAUAUUGACGGGGUCUUUCACCGGUUACCGCCAUGCCGUGUCGGAGUUAGGGAGUGGCUAUCUCGACGCUGAGCGCGUCUUCAAGCAGCCGCUGUGUGGGAACGCAGAAGGAUGGGGCCCGUUGAGCCCGUUUCGAUAUGACUUCACGCCGUGCUUCAUCGACGUGUGGGUAUCGGCGGUGGCCGCGUUCGGUAUUGUCGUUGGCGCGAUGGCCGUGUGGUGGUUAGUGAAGCACAAGCAGCCCACGCCCGUGUCGAAGGAUUGGCAUUUCUGGACAAAACAGACGAUUCUCGGUUUGAUCAUUGCCGAUGUCGCGGUGCAAUUGGGCUUCCAGAUCGCGAAGUAUAAGGAUAUCUGGUACGGCGACUUCCGCGUUUACACCACCACCGCUACGAUCGUCUCCCUCUUCGUCAUCUUCACAAUCCAAUGGCUCGAGCACUCGCGACUGCGAAACGCGAACGGCGUCGUCUUAUUCUACUGGCUAUUGCUUCUGAUCGCACUUGCCGUCAAGCUCCGGUCGUUGAUCUCCCAGCAAAUCUACGCCAAGAGCCUGCCGUAUUUCGUCACAUAUGCUGUCGGUUUUGGGCUUUCCGUGGUCGAGUUCUUGCUUGAGUGGUUGUGGCCUAAGAAGAACAGCACGUAUGAGGCGCUUGUCGACGAGGAGGAGUGCCCAGUGGAGUACGCUACCGUCUUCUCGCUGCUCACUUUCUCGUGGAUGACUCCCAUGAUGAAACACGGCUACAAGGCGUUUUUGACCGAGGAGGACCUCUGGGGGCUGUCCAAGAAUGAUACAACCAGGUCGACGGGCGAAGCGUUUGACAAGCAGUGGCAGUACCAGCUAGAGCAUCGAAAGAACCCUUCGCUGUGGAUGGCGCUCUUCGGUGCUUACGGUACCCCUUACAUGUUGGCGGCCAUCUUCAAGGUCGGGAACGACAUCUCCCAAUUCAUCCAGCCGCAACUCCUCAGGUACCUAAUUUCUUUCAUUGGGUCAUACUACUACCCCGACCAGACACCGCAGCCCGUGAUCCAGGGUGCGGCCAUUGCGUUGGCCAUGUUCGCCGUCGCGGUCUUUCAGACCACUAUGAUCCACCAGUACUUCCAGCUGGCUUUUGUUACCGGCAUGCGGAUCAAGGGUGGCUUGACCUCGUCUAUCUACAAGAAGGCGCUGAAGCUGUCGAACGAGGGCCGGUCGUCCAAGACCACGGGUGAUAUCGUCAACUACAUGGCGGUUGACGCUCAGCGUCUUCAAGACCUGACGCAAUUCGCCCAGCAAAUGUGGUCGGCACCAUUCCAAAUCAUUAUCUGCAUGGCAUCGCUCUACGACUUGGUCGGAUGGUCCAUGUUGGCGGGUAUCGGUGUCAUGAUCUUCAUGGUCCCCAUCAACGGCAUGAUUGCCCGGAUCAUGAAGAACCUGCAGAAGAAGCAGAUGAAGAACAAGGAUGCGAGGACCCGCUUGGUGGCCGAGAUCAUCAACAACAUGAAGAGCAUCAAGCUCUACGCCUGGGGCGCCGCCUUCAUGAACAAGCUUAACUACAUCCGAAACGACCAGGAGCUGAAGAACCUCCGCAAGAUUGGUGCUGGCCAGGCCUUUGCCAACUUUACGUGGUCCAGCACCCCGUUCCUUGUCUCUUGCUGCACUUUUACCGUGUUCGUGCUUACCGAUGGCCGUCCUCUGACGACGGAGAUUGUCUUCCCUGCGCUGGCCUUGUUCAACCUUCUUACCUUCCCGCUCGCCGUCCUUCCCAUGGUCAUCACGUCCAUCAUCGAAGCUAGUGUUGCUGUCGGACGUCUGACGUCGUAUCUCACUGCGGAGGAGCUCCAGCCUGAGGCUAUCACCCCCAAGCCGGCCGUCGAAAUCAUGGGCGAGGAGUCCGUCGUGAUCCGCGAUGCUUCAUUCUCUUGGAAUCGCCACGAAGAUAAGACGGUCCUCAAGGACAUCAACUUCAGCGCUCACAAGGGCGACCUCUCUUGUGUUGUGGGCCGUGUGGGUGCUGGCAAGAGCUCGCUUCUGCAGAGUGUUCUCGGCGACCUGUGGAAGACGCAAGGCCAGGUCCAAGUCCACGGAACAGUGGCCUACGUUAGCCAGUCACCCUGGAUCAUGAACGCCACGGUCCGGGAGAAUAUCGUGUUUGGUUACCGGUACGAUUCUACCUUCUACGAAAAGACGGUGAAGGCUUGCGCUCUGCUGGACGACUUUGCCCAGCUUCCCGAUGGCGACGAGACGGUCGUGGGCGAACGCGGUAUCUCGCUCAGCGGUGGACAGAAGGCUCGUGUUGCGCUCGCUCGGGCUGUCUACGCGCGCGCGGAUGUGUAUCUCUUGGAUGACUGCCUGUCUGCUGUCGACUCGCACGUCGGCCGCCACAUCAUCGACAACGUUCUCGGCGCGAAGGGUCUGCUCAACACCAAGACCCGCAUCCUAGCCACUAACUCGAUCCCUGUACUCGUCGAGUCAGACUACAUCUGCAUGAUUAAGGACGGCGAGAUUGUCGAGCGGGGCACGUACCGACAGCUUACGGCCAUGCGUGGCGCCGUCUUCGAGCUGAUCAAGACGUCGCGGCAGAACGAGUCAGGCAACAACACGGCGACCGCAUCGCCAGACGACAGCGAGAGUGAGACGUCGACGGUCAUCGGGGCCGCCAGUAGCAGCCAAGACAAGGAAGAGCUGGAGGAGGCCCAGGAGGGGUUGGGUGCGCUUCAGGCGAUCAAGCCGGGUCCCGCGAGCUCGUCGUACCAGGCGCGGGAUAAGGCACGGACGGGGAGCAUGGCUACCCUUCGGCGGGCUAGUGCUGCUAGUUUCAAGGGCCCGCGGGGGAAGCUUCACGACGAGGAGAACCCCAGCAAGACUAGGCAGGCUAAGGAACACCUGGAGCAGGGCAAGGUCAAGUGGUCAGUUUACGGCGAGUAUGCCAAGGCGAACAACCUCGCGGCCGUGGCGACGUAUUUGUUUACCCUAGUCGCUGCUCAGUCGGCGCAGAUUGCUGGCAGCGUCUGGCUCAAAAACUGGGCCGACAGAAACACCGAGGCCGGCAGUAACCCCGAGGUGGGCAAGUACAUUGGCGUGUACUUUGCGUUCGGCAUCGGCGCUGCGGCCCUGACGGUCGUACAGACCCUCAUUCUCUGGAUCUUUUGCUCGAUUGAGGCGUCGCGCAAGUUACACGAGAGGAUGGCGACGGCCAUCUUUCGCUCGCCCAUGUCCUUUUUCGACGUCACACCGGCUGGUCGCAUUCUCAACCGGUUCUCGAGUGACAUCUACCGCGUCGACGAGGUGCUGGCCCGAUCGUUCAACAUGCUGUUCAGCAACUUGGCCCGAUCGGGAUUCACACUCGUGGUGAUCUCGGUCACAACCCCUCCCUUCCUUGCGCUGAUUAUCCCGCUCGGAGCAAUGUACGUUUGGAUCCAGCGGUACUACCUGCGCACGUCGCGGGAGCUCAAGCGGCUGGACAGCGUGAGCCGCAGCCCGAUCUACGCGCACUUCCAGGAGUCGCUGGGUGGCAUCUCGACGAUCCGCGCGUACCGGCAACAGGACCGCUUUGAGCUGGAGAACGAGUGGCGCGUCGACGCCAACCUGCGGGCCUACUUCCCGUCCAUCAGCGCCAACCGCUGGCUGGCGGUGCGGCUCGAGUUCAUCGGCGCCGUGGUCAUCCUGGCCGCUGCGGGCUUUGCCGUCAUCGCCGUGGCUACGGGUACCAAACUCGGCCCGGGCAUGGUCGGCCUGGCCAUGUCGUACGGCCUGCAGAUCACAACGUCGCUCAACUGGAUCGUGCGCCAGACCGUCGAGGUCGAGACCAACAUCGUCUCGGUCGAGCGUGUGCUCGAGUACGCACGCCUGCCCAGCGAGGCCCCCGAGAUCAUCCACCGCAACCGGCCCCCCGUCAGCUGGCCGUCGCGCGGCGAGAUCGAGUUUGUCAACUACAGCACCCGCUACCGCGAGGGGCUCGACCUCGUGCUCAAGAAUAUUAGCUUGGACAUCAAGUCGCACGAGAAGAUCGGCGUUGUCGGCCGCACAGGUGCCGGCAAGUCCUCGCUGACCCUCGCGCUGUUCCGAAUCAUCGAGCCGGACACGGGCAAUAUCAGUCUUGACGGGCUCAACACGUCGACUGUCGGCCUGCUGGACCUGCGUAGGCGUCUGGCCAUCAUCCCGCAGGAUGCCGCGCUCUUUGAGGGCACCAUUCGGGACAAUCUCGAUCCGGGGCAUGUGCAUGACGACACGGAGCUGUGGAGUGUUCUUGACCACGCCCGGCUCAAGGACCACGUCGCUUCCAUGGACGGGGGGCUAGAGGCCAAGAUCCAUGAAGGAGGCUCCAACCUCUCCCAAGGCCAACGCCAACUCGUCUCCCUCGCCCGCGCCAUGCUCACCCCCUCCAACGUCCUCGUCCUCGACGAAGCCACCGCCGCGGUAGACGUCCAAACCGACGCCAUGCUGCAAACCACCCUGCGGGGCCCCUUGUUCCAGAACCGCACCAUCGUCACUGUCGCCCACCGUAUCAACACUAUUAUGGACUCGGACCGCGUCGUGGUGCUGGAUAAGGGGGAGGUGGUGGAGUUUGAUACGCCGGCGGAGUUGAUUAGGAGGAAGGGGAGCUUUUGGGGGUUGGUGAAGGAGGCGGGGUUGUUGGAGGAGGGGGAGGAGGGGGAAUGA